UCUUCCCGAGUUUUCUCGGCAACCAAACAGACCGUUAAGAACGGGAAACGCACUCGAGACAGGAAGCUCUGGUUCCAAAUAAAAAAAAAAAGGACACGACCGAAGAUCUGUUCUUGUCAUUACUACUCUCGUAGCACUUGGGGAUAACACGACAAGACUCCACUGUUGCUUGUAGGGGAAAUCUUUCACGGGACCUUUUGGCUGAUCGGACUUUCCUGGAAUCGGCAUUCACUCUCACUUCGGUUCCCGAUGGUGGUGGAUGGAUCGGAUUGAUCUGGAAAUCUCCUGUUGAGAUGAGAUGAGAUGCAGCCCAAUCUCUUCCCAUUCGGCACAGUUUUGGGGAAUCCGUUUCUGUUCAAUGGCGGGGAUCUGAGCGAGUUUGGUGCUGAAGGCUUCGGGAGCUCUAGUUCUAGGGUUUUCUUCUUGGUUCCUUUCUUGUUGUCCCAAGGAGGUGAGAUGGAUUUGUCUAAGGUCGGCGAAAAGAUCAUCAGCUCCGUUAAGUCCGCGAGAUCGCUUGGACUUUUGCCUUCUCCUUCUUCCUCGGACCGUCCUGAGAUUCCAGCCCGUGCUGCUGCUGCAGCUGCUGUUGCUCGUGCUUUGGCAGGGCUGCAUCCCGAUCAGGGUAUCUCUUCAAGCUCUAAUGAACUGAGCUCCAUAUAUGGACGUGGUCCUCCCCCUCAAGAAGUUGAUGAGAUUGAAGAAGGAUUCUAUGAGGAGGACUUUGAUCCAGUAAGGCAUGUUUUGGAGAAUGUGCCAGAUGAUGAGAAUGAUCAUGCUUAUUUUGAGAAGCAGGCUACCAUAAGGCUGGCACAGCUGGAUAGAGUAGCAGAAAAUCUGUCCCAUCAUGUUAUGGAGCAUCAUGAAGUAAUGGUGAAGGGGAUGAAUUUGGUUAGAGAAUUGGAAAGAGAUUUGAAGAUUGCAAAUGUCAUCUGCAAGAAUGGAAGAAGGCAUUUGACUUCAUCAGUUAACGAGGUGUCUAGAGAUCUCAUUGUAAACACUCAUUCUAAAAGGAAGCAAGCCCUUCUGGACAUGCUUCCUAUAUUAACUGAGCUUUGUCAUGCAAGAGACAUGCGAUUAACUCUUGAAGCCCUCGUCGAGGAAGGCAACUAUUGCAAGGCAUUUCAAGUUCUAUCUGAGUACUUGCAGCUGCUUGAUAGUCUUUCUGAAUUUUCAGCAAUCCAAGAAAUGACCCAUGGGGUUGAGGUUUGGCUAGGAAGAACUCUUCACAAACUGGAUUCAUUGUUAUUAGGAGUUUGCCAGGAGUUCAAAGAAGAGAGGUAUCUAACGGUACUUGAUGCUUAUGCACUGAUCGGUGAUGUCUCUGGGCUUGCGGAGAAGAUACAAAGCUUUUUUAUGCAGGAAGUUAUUUCAGAAACCCAUUCUGUACUGAAGGCCAUUGCUCAAGAGGACAAUGGUGCUGCCAUGCAAAAUACUAGAUUUACCUACAGCGAUCUAUGUCUUCAGAUACCUGAAUCCAAGUUUAGGCAUUGUCUUUUGAGAACACUUGAUGUGUUAUUUCGGUUGAUGUGUUCGUUCCACGAGAUAAUGAGUUUCGAACCGGAAAAGAAGGUAGAAGAUUUGAUCACCACAAGUUUGGGUGCAACUCAAAAUGUGAAUUUAGUGACAGGAAAUUCUAACAGCCCUCAAGAUGCUCUCUGUUCAGCCUCAGAAUCAAGUUCCAGACCUUCUGGUAUAGUUUCUGUAGAAGAGCUCUCAACCUUGUCUCCGACUGAUGGAACUGGAACCUCCAGUUCAGUGCAGCUAAAAUCUGACAGUGGAAUAAGUGAAGGUAGGGAUUCUAGAGAUGCAGUGUCGACCAGUGAGUCGCCAUGGUAUCAUCUACGAAAAGAAGGUGCAGCUUUUGUGUCAGAAACCCUUCAGAGAGGACGCAGAAAUCUCUGGCAACUUACAACCAGUCGUGUGUCAGUUUUGCUUUCUUCCCCUGUUGGUUCUUCAACAAGUAUUCAUCAGUUCUUGAAAAAUUACGAAGACCUGAACAUCUUCAUCCUUGCCGGGGAAGCAUUCUGUGGAUUUGAAGCAGUUGAAUUUAGGAAGAAGCUAAAGGGUGUAUGCGAAACUUAUUUCAGUUCAUUUCAUAGGCAAAGCAUGCAUGCGCUUAAAAUGGUUUUGGAGAAGGAGACUUGGACUAAAUUGCCACCUGAUACUGUGCAAGCUAUUAAUUUUACUGGUCUUGUGGGGGAUGGAGCUCCACUGAUUAUUUCUUCUCGUGGUGCCUCUGCUUCUUCCAGUUUUCUACAGCUUAAUAAUAUGUCAAAUAACUCAGUUGCUCAGAGUGCCAACAGAGGUGGAUUCUCUUAUUGGCUGAAAAGUGGAAACCCCUUUUCAGCAAAGUUAACUUGCUAUAGAGAGGGUCAAGAUGACUCUUUGUAUAGUGGAGUUGCUUCUGGAGAUCGUGAAGUAAAUGAUAGCACGCUUGAGGAUAGUGUAUCUCCAGAUCAGAGAGAUGUAAGGCGCGUGAAUGGAGUUAGUCCUGUUUCAGAAGAUGAAAAUGAGGACCUUCUUGCUGACUUCAUCGAUGAGGAUAGUCAGCUUCCUAGCCGAAGCUUUAAACAUGGUCAUUCAAGAAGUCUGUCUUCCCAUCUGAGUACCAAUGAUGAUUUUACAGCUCAAACAGGAUCUUCUCUUUGUCUACUAAGGUCAAUGGAUAAGUAUGCAAGGCUUAUGCAGAAACUGGAAAUAGUUAAUGUCGAGUUCUUUAAGGGAAUAUGCCAAUUGUUUGGGGUUUUUUUCUAUUUCGUAUUUGAAAUAUUUGGUCAAGAAAGCCCCAGUGGAAAAGGUUUUUCUGACUAUCUCAACCAUCGGCUGAAGAGCAGCUUAACUCGAAUAUCACAAGAUUGUGAGCAGUGGAUAAAACCUCGGUUAUCACCAUCUUCAUCUUCUUUACCGGGCUUUCCUCAUGCAGUCCAUAGUCUUAGUGAUGUGACACCUUCAAAUCCCCUUAACAUCAUUUCUGGUCACUUAUUGGGCACGUCUUUCGGUCUCAAGGAAAGAUGUGCUGCUGCAGAGACUAUAUCUCUUGUUGCCCGGAUAUUGCAUAAAUCAAAGGCUCAUCUCCAAUCAAUGCUUAUGUCGAGAAAUGGAGCUGUGGUUGAAGACUUCUUUGGUCAACUGGUCGAUUCCGUACCUGCUCUAACGGAGCACAUACACAGGACAACUGCAAAGAUACUGCUCCAUGUUAAUGGAUAUGUCGAUCGAAUUGCUAAUUCUAAAUGGGAAGUCAAGGAGCUUGGAAUGGAGCAUAAUGGGUACGUUGAUUUGAUGCUUGGAGAAUUCAAACACUACAAAACACGGCUUGCCCAUGGGGGUAUUCAUCAGGAGGUACAAAAUCUCCUGCUGGAAUGUGGAGUUGAAAUAGUUUCGGAAACGCUGGUAGAAGGUUUAUCACGAGUAAAGAGAUGCACCGACGAAGGGCGUGCUCUCAUGUCAUUGGAUCUCCAGGUUCUGAUUAACGGGCUUCAGCAUUUUGUUCCGGUGAACGUGAAGCCGAAGCUCCAAAUCGUCGAGACCUUUAUCAAGGCGUAUUAUUUACCGGAGACAGAAUACGUCCACUGGGCAAGAGCUCAUCCGGAAUACACGAAAAGCCAGAUUGCGGGGUUAGUAAAUCUAGUUGCGGCGAUGAAAGGUUGGAAGAGGAAGGUGCGGUUGGAAGUUCUGGAGAAGAUCGAAUCGUAGAUCUCUCUAGAAACUUCUAGAAGCCUCCACUCUGUUGGUUUCUUCUUUCUACUGAUUGGUGUAAAAUGGAUUAGCUCUUCUCUUGGAACCUUGUCGUUGGUGAGACAUAUAUAUACACAUAUAUAAUGUGGUGUAGUGUAAGACUCUCGAGGUUUUGUACAGUGAAACACAUCGGCUUUGUAAUACAUUUUUCUCCAUCAAGUGUCCGAAAAAAAAUGGCAAUGUAUCUUCGUGGGGAAUAUUGAAA